CUCCACCCUCUCGAAGAAGACCGGUUAGACAGGGGAUGCUGCAAUUCAGUCAGUUAUACGUUUGGCUCUAGAGAAUCUGAGGAAGUGCGAGUUUCUUGACAUUGUGUGAACCGGUUACAAAGUUCAACAGCUGAUGAUUUAAAUAAUUUCACAGUUCAAUGUAGCCUUUUAAUGUCAUUCGUUGGACGUGGGUGACACCGCUGAGUGUUUGAUAGCGUUUUCCACAAAGGUCUACAGCCCACUGUCACGAUGAAAAGAAACAUUGCAACAGAUCUCAUCGUCUCCAUCUUAUUCACUGUAGUGACAGAUACAGUUUGUAUCACGCCCCCAGGAAAACCCAAACUCACAAGUUGUCGCUCGCCUGAGAAGGAGACGUUCACCUGCUGGUGGCAGCCGGGCUAUGAUGGGGGCCUGCCUACCACCUACGCCCUAUACUAUAGCUUGGAGAACUCGGCGACAGUCUAUGAAUGUCCGGACUACCGCACAGCAGGGAAUAAUUCUUGCUUCUUUAACAAGAAUGACACGAACAUUUGGGUGAACUACAACAUUACUGUGGUGGCCACCAACAGACUGGGCAGCAGCUACUCUGACCCUGUGGAUGUGGACGUGGUCUACAUCGUUCAACCCUAUACUCCAGAAAAUGUGACUGUGUUGGUGAAAGAGGAUGAGCAGGUUCCUUACCUACGAGUCUCAUGGGAGAAGCCACGUAAUGCAGACACAGGUUCUGGCUGGAUUACCCUCGUUUAUCAGCUGCGUGUCAAACUGAAGAGUCAGGACGAGUGGGAGGAGCAUGAUGCUAGGCAACAGAAGUCAUUCAACAUCUUCAGCCCUCACUCUGGAGGCACCAUGGUGCAGGUUCGCUGCAAACCUGAUCACGGUCUGUGGAGUGAAUGGAGUGCCACAGCCUAUGUCCAAGUACCAGACUAUAUUCCCAGGGAACGAUCAAUGUGGAUUGUGGUAGCUGUUUUCUCUGUGUUGGUCUUUUUCAUCCUCACUUGGACACUACAUUUAAAGAGAAGCAGUCUGAAACACUGUCUUCUGCCUCCUGUGCCUGGACCAAAAAUCAAAGGCUUUGAUCAAAAACUCCUCAAGAGUGGGAAAUCGGAGGACGUGUUCAAUGCUCUGGUCAUUUCGGGCUUUCCUCCUUUGUCAGACUAUGAGGAUCUGCUGGUGGAAUACCUUGAGGUUUAUGAUAAUGAAGACCAGGAGCUGAUGCUGGAUGGGAAGGACCUCCAGGAGGGAUGCUUGAAGUUGAAAAGCCCCUCAGACAACGACUCGGGCAGAGGAAGCUGCGACAGUCACACUCUGCUGAUGGAGAAAUGUGGAGUGGCCAAAGAGGAGCCAACUCUGGAGUCACCAGUCGUAGAGGUAAAGGCAGCUGGAGGCUUUCUCUCCACUGAGACACAGUCCAGCACAACUGAGCCUGCAGAUGCCCAAACCAGUGCCUGGCCAAUGGUGCUAUCUCCUGAUCAGAACCACUACCAUUCACCCUUGAAGAGUGCCCCUGAUGUGCUCAUCUCACCUCCCACAUCUCCCCAACAAGAGCACACCAUGCCCAGGACCAUGGAGUACGUGGAAGUGCAGAAGGUGAGCCAGCAGAAUGUACUGUUCCUCAGGCUUCUGGCGGAGCAGAACCUGGGUUCCAACCCCCUCUCUGUUGAGAUGCCUGAGGAGGACUACAGCAAGGUCAAAGGUGUGACCAGUAAUAAUGUCCUUCUGCUCCAGCAAGAGGCAUCCACCCAGUGCCACAGUAUCUAUCAGGAGGGAGUCCAGGAAGAACCAUGCCCCAUGAUCCAGCAAACCCAGUUGGGGAAGCAAAUUGUCCACAAUCCCCCUACUGUGGUUCAUGGUGGCAUGCAGUUGACUUCCAGUGGCUAUGUAGACACUGUCACCAUGAUGCCCACUUACUGACAAACCUCACUUCACAGAAAGAUAUGCUGACAGAAAAACAGAAGGACUGACCUCUCAGGGGUAGGAAAGACUUUCAGGAAGAUUACUAUGACGACCAAAGAGACCAGAGUGACACGAUUGAUCCAAGGUCAUCAUGCACAAAUACUGAUUUCUCACCAGCUCAUUAAGAGAAAAAUGUGUUGGCUAGCAGACUUUGCAACAUUUCUAGCGAGAAUAAUUAUAAUGGAGCAUAAAUGGGAUAGAGUGGAUCCAUUCAACACUGGAAAUGUCGUUUCUUUUGAUUUUGUGUUCCAUGAACUUCAUACAGAAUGCAUGAAUUUUAUAGAAGCCUGCAGUGUCUUUAAAUAGUUUUAGUAGCACAAUUGCUUCAACUGUAUUUAAUCCAGCGUCUGUUUUUCAAAUGAUGGGUCCAGGGGCGGUUUUAGGCACGGGCGACCUGGGCAGCCGCCCGGGGCGGCACUUUUUCAUAAGACAUGGGGGGCGGCAAGAGCACUUAAAAAAAAAAUGUAUCUGGGCCGCGAAGCGAUUUUCUAU